AUGUGCUGCCAGUCCCCUGAGCCGCCAACGCGCGAGGAGGCAGAGUCAAAGACAGCCCACAAGCGCAAUCUCAGCAAUGGAACAUCCGAGCAAUCACCAGCAAGAAGAUCCAAGCGACAGAAGUCAACCAUCAAUUUGAAGGAACAAUCCGAUUCAGAGGCCGAGCAGUCUGAAGCUGAGACCUUUGCUCCUGCAGUCAAAGAGGAGAAACCUGUGAAACCCGCUCCAAAGGCUGCUGGCAAAAAAGCUCCUGUCAAAAAAGAGCCCAAGGAAGACGCUCCCCCCAAGAAGACUAGAAAGACCAAGAAAGAUCAAGAGGCCGAAGCCAUGCCUCUGGCACCACGAACUAAAGGACUCCGCAUGUUUGUGGGUGCCCACGUCAGUGCUGCGAAAGGUCAGUCUGGGAUAUGUGGACAGCUUCGAGCAAUCAGUAAUUCAAUCUCAAUCAGGUGUCUUCAAUUCAAUCCACAACACGGAAAUGCAUUCGCUUUGUUCUUGAAAUCCCAGCGAAAGUGGGACAAUCCAGCUCUGCAAGACGAGCAUCGAGAUCAAUUCCACAAACUCUGCGCAGAGAAAGGCUAUGAUGCAUCCAAACAUGUCCUUCCCCAUGGCUCCUAUCUCGUCAACUUGGCACAAAGUGACAAGGCCAAGGCCAAGCAAGCAUACACCUCCUUCUUAGAUGACCUCCGUCGGUGUGAGGCACUGGGGAUCAAGUUAUAUAACUUCCACCCAGGAAGUACCAAUCAAACACCACUCCCAGAAGCUCUCUCUCGGCUGGCAGAAAUGCUCACACAAGCCAUCACUGAAACAAAGACUGUGAUCCCAGUUCUGGAGACAAUGUGCGGCCACGGCAACACAAUCGGUGGAGCGCUAUCCGAAUUCCGGGAUUUACUCGCCCUCAUUCCAGCAGAGCACCACGCCCGCAUCGGAAUCUGCGUCGACACCUGCCACAGCUUUGCAGCAGGCUACGACCUAGCCUCACCGACCGGGUUCAAGGCGUUCUUAUCUGAGUUCGACGAAUUGAUUGGCAUCAAGUUCCUUCGAGCUCUGCAUCUAAAUGACUCCAAAGCACCGCGCGGUAGUAAGCGUGAUCUACACGCCAAUAUUGGCACUGGAUUCCUUGGUUUACGCGCUUUCCACAAUGUGAUGAACGAGCCUCGGUUCGAGGAUUUGCCCAUGGUGCUGGAAACGCCUAUUGAUCGCGCUCCCGUCAAAGACGAGGAGGGAAGUGAGAGUGAGUCAGCGAAGCCGAAGAAGGGCAAAAAGACCGCUGCGGCGAAUGUUGCUGAUCCGGGUGUUUGGGCACGCGAGAUCAAGUUGCUGGAGUCGUUAAUUGGGAUGGAUCCCGAGGGAGAUGAGUUUAAGGCCCUUGAGACGAAACUGUCGGAAGAGGGUAGGGCUGAGCGAGAGAGACUCCAGGAUCAGCAUGAGAGGAAGAUUGAGGCAGACGAAAAGAAGAAGGCUAAGGGGCCUGGAAAAGCGAAGGGGCAGAAGAGUCUUAUGGAUAUGAUGAAGGGUGAUGCAAAGAAGGACUAG